AUGCCAAACGGAGCUGGGUCCAAGUCUUCAGCAUCGGCUCCAGCCGGGGUGGGCGACGGCGACUCUAUUAUCAACAGCAGCGCCAGCAGUAAUGUGAACGGCAAUUUCUCCAAGGCUCUGAACUCCGGCGCUGUGUCGCCCGCUUCGAAGAAGUCGCCUCGCCUGCCCAAGUGCGCUCGGUGCAGAAAUCACGGCUACGUGUCGGCUCUGAAGGGACACAAGAGAUUCUGCAUGUGGAGGGAGUGCCAGUGUAAGAAAUGUAACCUGAUCGCAGAGAGGCAGCGAGUCAUGGCAGCACAGGUGGCUCUCAGGAGACAGCAAGCCCAGGAGGAAGAGCUGGGGAUCAGCCGACCCAUUCCGCUGCCUGGAGCCGCGGAGCUGCUCAUCAAGAGAGAGAAUGCGACCCCGAACAGCUCCUGCGCUCUGGGGACUGGAGGAUCCGGGUUGUCGUCGAACCCCAACACACCGGCCACUUCGUCAGCCACAUGUAGUCCAGACCAAAUAGGGGGGCGUUUGCAUCUCCAGGAUAUCCCUUCUAUAACCAGCAGAGGGCACCUGGAGGCCACCCCAGACCUGGUAGUGGACUCAUCCUACUACAGCAACUUCUAUCAGCCAUCUCUCUACCCAGCUUACUACAACAAUUUAUACAACUAUCCCCAGUACCAGGUGGCGGUGGCAGGGGAUUCACCUGCUUCUGACGUAAGCUCCACACUGGGAGGGACAACUGUGAAAAACAGCCUUCGGGGCCUCUCUGCAUCAUUAGUGUCUGGUCAGACAGGAAACCAGUGGCAGCAAAUGAAAACUCCAGAGAACCGGUUUUCAGGCCACAAUGUGACACCACAGUACAGGAUGCAUUCUUACUACUCUGCUGCCUCAUACCUGGGUCAAGGCCUAAGCACAGCUGCUUGUGUUCCUCAGCUGUUUACUCUGGAAGAUGGCUCCUCUUUCUCGGAUGUAAAAUCCAAUGGCACCAGGAGAUUGAGGCCCCUAAGCCUGUCCAGCACGACCAGUGAGAGCCCCCAAACUUCAUCCGAGGAGGAAGCUCCAGAAGAACUGACACGGCACUCACACGCACCCUCCAGAUCAUUGACACACAUGUUGAUUGGUUGCAGGUAUAGAUUAGGCUCGGGCUCACUUUCUUGGGGACACCUCAAUGACACGCCUCCGCAGCAGUCGGAGGCAGGGACAGCCCUGGUCUCCAACAAUUGGACGGCUGUUGGGGAUCAGCCACCUGCUAGGUCUGAGUCAAACGAUGAGCCUCUGGAAGCGGCCGUCAACCCAAUGCUGGAGAUGCAACAACAGGCGGGAACAUUAGGCAGAGAUUGGACAGUCACUCAGCAGACUAGAGCGACCGAUGGAAGAGUCUAUCCUCGUUCUGUCUGA